AUGUCUGAUACCGAGCAGCCUUCAGAAGCAGCCAUCUUGAAGAAGCUCCAGGAUGUUGUUGUCUCGUUGCACAAGUCUGGCAAUACAAAUGACUUGACCGUCAAGCGCGUGCGAACGCGUGCGGAGGAGUCUCUUGGCCUACCAGCUGGCCUUCUCAAAGGCGCUGACUGGAAGCAGAGGAGCCAAGAUGCAAUCAUGGAGGCAGUUGACAAGUAUUGCGGCGAUGAACCUGAGCCGGAGCCAGUGAAGCCUGCACCGAAAACCUCAAAACCCAAAGCGCCCACCAAGAAAGUCGAAUCGAAAGCUCAAAGCAAGCAAGGCGCCAAACGGAAGGCAGCAGCACCGAAGAAGCAGCCACAGAAGCGACGGAAGACUGCAUCUUCUGAGGAUGAGCUGUCAGACGAGCUCUCUGACGCUGAGAGCGAACCUGCGGAUAAGCCAGCUCAAAGAGCAAAGAACGUUAUAGAGGAAGACUCGGACGAGGAAGAAGCGGCGCCAAAGAAGCCCACAAAGAAGGCAAAACCAGUUGUGGAGGACGAAGGCGACAGUGACGCCGAGCCUGCGACAACACCGGCGAAGAAAGCAAAGACGCCACCUCCAGCAGAUGAGGGUGCCGUCUCAGAGAGCGAGCUGUCGAGUCUGCUCGACGAGUCGCCUGUUAAGAACAAGCGGCAGAAGAAAGCACCGGCUGCGAAGAAGGAGCCAGCGAAACCGAAAGCCAAGGCUACGAGCAAAGCCGCUGACGACCCAGAUCAGGCUGAGAUCAAGCGACUACAAAGCUGGCUGGUCAAGUGUGGCAUUCGCAAAGUCUGGUCAAAAGAGCUUGCCAAGUUCGACACAUCAAAGGAGAAGAUUAGACACCUCAAACGAAUGCUAUCAGAUGCUGGCAUGGACGGCAGGUUCUCGGAUGAGAAGGCAGCAAAGAUCAAGGAGAGGCGCGAAUUUGCCAAAGAUCUUGAGGCCAUCCAAGAAGGUGAAGCUUCUUGGGGCACAAGUGAAGACACUGGUGGCAGGCCAAGACGCAGGGCUGCUGCUCGACCUGUGCCUGUUCAGAAGAUCGAGUUCAGUGAUGACGAUGAGGAGAGUGAGGGAAACAAGGACGACGCAGAUGAGUCCAGCGAGGAUGACCAAGACGACGAUGACGAAGACGAUGGCGAGGGCCCCUCUGAAGAUGGUGGCGGUGAUGAUAGCGCUGCAGACGAUUCAGAGUAG